ACCUGUGGUCUGGCUUCCACACAUCAAGCUUAGCUAUCUAUCUGCUUCAUGUGGGAAGCGACUAGGAAUUGGGAGUAAACAAAGAUCACUCCAACUACCAUGGCUCAGCCCCAAGGGAAACUGGUGGACACAAUCAGGAGGCCAUUCACAGCAGCUUCAACGUUUCAUCGAUCAGCAACAAGGCAUCUCCAGCCACUGGCCAUGUUGGCUCAGAGGAACGGCAUUAGCAGGAGGGGCCUUCUCACUUUCCUCACCUCCACUGCAGCCAUACCUGAGGCUGGUGAAUCAAGAAAGGCUCUACUGCAAGAGUAUCUGAAGAAAUCAAAGGAAAACAAAGAAAAGAACGACAAAGAGAGGCUAGACGACUACUACAAGAGGAAUUACAGGGAUUACUUUGGUCUGAUCGAGGGCCCUGCAAGACAGAAGAAUGAAGAUGAGCUUACAGAGUCGGAGAAAGGAAUUCUCGAAUGGCUUGACAAGAACAAAUAGUCAGAAGCUCAGGAUAAUAUGCAUGCCUAAAUUCUGGAAGGUUUUCUUACAGUUAUUGCUUUAGUUAUGCAGUCUUGUGCUGCUUAUCUGAGAGGCAUGCUUUCUUGAAGGUCAUCCUUUGUAGUGCCGGUACUCUGGCAGUAAUGUUGUAAUUACAAGUGUGUUCAUAGACAAAGUAUAAAAAAUGCUGAACGAUCUCAACAUAAUAGUUCACAAUCAGAGAGGCGAAGACAGAUAUUUUAUA